AAACUUCCUCUGAGAGCUGCCACGUCUGAGCCCAGUCCCAGCCCCACUUCCUCUGGAGCACAUAGCUUAAAGGACAGCAGCGGAGGAGAGGAAGAAAAAAAAAACUUGAGUUAAUUAACGAUCUGCCAUGCAUCCCAGGCUUCCUGUCUAUAUCCUUAUUUCUUUGCCAGUUCUCCUGGCGCAGGGCAGCACAGCCGAUUCGUCCAAGAAGAGCCCUGCUGCCCCAGCUAGCCCUCCACCCCGCCCGCCUCCUCCUCUGGGUGACCCCAGCUGGGCUCUGGGUCUGCGCCUGUACCAGGCCCUCCGCUCCGACUCCAGCUCAGUGAACACCCUCUUCUCCCCUCUGCUUGUGGCCUCCUCGCUUGGAGCGCUGGGUGGAGGAGCAGCGGGCACCACUGCCAGCCAGCUCCAAGACCUCCUCAAGACCACAACCCCUGCCAAGGCUGGAGCCCGCGCUGGGGAGCUCCUGUCCGGAGCGUUGAAGAGUUUCACUGAAGCCAACGGGAGCAGCUUUCACCUGCACACAUCCUCAGCUCUGUUUUCCAAGCAAGCUCCUGCGGUCACUCAGGCGUUCGUGAAGGACAGCCAGGCCAAGUUCAGGCUGCAGCAUCAGCCACUGGGGAAAGGAGACUCCAAGGCUGACCUGAUGCAGCUCCAUGGUUGGGCUAAAUCUGUGCUCGGUGGGCCGGAGGUCGCUCCUUUAGCGGCUUUAAUCCAGGCUAAGGCUGGAGCCCUGAUACUGGCCAAUGCCCUGCGCUUUAAAGGGCUGUGGGAGAGAGAGUUCAGCGUGGACAGCACAGAUCGUCGUACCUUCUUGGGAAAGAAAUACACCAAAGUGAUGAUGAUGCACAGAGCAGGUUUGUACCGUCACCACGAAGACAUGGAAAACAUGGUGCAGGUUCUAGAGAUGCCUCUCUGGGAAGGGAAGGCCAGCGUGGUGCUCCUGAUGCCCUUCCAUGUUGACAGUCUGACGAGGAUGGACAAGCUUCUGACCCUUGAGUUGCUGUCCAAGUGGCUGGAAAAGACCAAUAUGACUAGUGUGAUUAUCUCGCUGCCCAUAGCGAACAUCACCAGCACACUCAGUCUGCAGAAACAGUUGACUGCUCUGGGCCUGACUGACGCGUGGGACCAGAAAGCAGCUGAUUUCUCUGGUGUGUCGGACAAGAGCAAGGGGAAACUCCACCUGGGCGGAGUCCUCCAGUGGGCUUCCCUGGAGCUGGCCGCUCAAGCUGGGAAAGGAGACGCAGAACUCGAGGAGGAGAACAUAGACAAGCCCAAGAUGUUCUACGCCGAUCACCCCUUCAUCAUCUUCGUUAGAGAUAACGCUACUGGGGCCCUGCUGCUGAUGGGAGCUCUGGACCAUGCAGAGGGAGAGGCCCUCCAUGAUGAACUGUAGCACCCUCCACCCAUCUAUCCAGUUUUCCUGUCUAUUUUUGGUGCUGUCUCUUACACACUCCCUCUCAAAGACUACACACUGGUUUCUAAGUCGAGACAUUGUCAUUCACAGUGGCACACUAUCGCAUCAGACUACAGCUGGCUGUCAUACAUUGACACUGCACAGUCUCACACUGACUGACACUGACACCGCCAUACUCCGACACUUACACAGUCGGACACAUACAGACACCUACAUGGCAGACAUAAAUGAAAAUACUGUACAAGACAUUACUAAAGUUGAUGGACACAGAGCAAAACACUAACUUGGAGAGACUCCCUGCAUUUUCUGUCGCCCACGCAUGUGUAACCACACACACACACACACACACACACAUUCAAGGCCUCGAUGAUCAAGUCAAUACAAAACAAAAUGACAAACCAGAGUGCACUGACUAACACUAACAUGCUGACAAGCAGAAGUGGUUACACUGACACAACACUUACAGCAGCAUCAACAAAGAACUUUAUCGCAGAGAGGCUCGCAGUGACACUUGAAUCCUCCCUGUCAGGCAAACACCAGGGUAGGUGAAUGUGUGUCUGUGUGUGUGUGUGUGUGUUUGUAUGUGUGUGUGUGUGUGUGGUGACCGACAGAUCAAGGGUGCCCAUGAGGCCGCUCUUGGAGCUGGCAGGGACCUGUGGCGGGGUCCCCUGGGCUACAUCUGAGGAAGACUGAUAGAUCAGCCAAGUGCUUAUUGAUGAGCCAGCUUAAUGCUAAUGGCCGUAAUGAGUCACAACGCUUGUCAACAACACGGAGAGGACGGGGAACCUUUUAAUCCCUUAAUACCAUCAGGAAUCGAUGACACACUGAUAGGCCGCUGGAAACAAACAUGACUGACAUCGCUUGACUUAAUGUAACAACUUAAUAUUUAGGAUGACUACAGCAAUUCAAAGAGGUAUUGAUUUGCAUUUGUAAAUUUAGUUUUUAAAGCCCUAGAGUGGAUGGUUGACAUAUUUGAACUACGGUACCUACCGUUUAAGUGUAUGUUUGAUAUUAGAUAAGUAUAAAGUGUAAAUAAAUCAUUUCUAGCCUUGUUUUAAUUAUUCUUUUCCCCACAGUAUAUUUAUCAAUGUCUUAACCUGAUCUUGAUACAAACCAAUCAAUUAUUGAAAUGUACAAUAGAAAUAUAAUACGUGUGGAUUGCCACACCUCCAUUUUUCUUGACAGGAUUGAUGCAGCAAGAUACAAGGCAAUUUUUUUUCCCUUUUUACCUCCACCCUGAACUGAAUUGGCUGCUGUUGAACCUGAAGGAUGUAUGUAAGCAGAUUUAAAGCCAGGUAUUGAAUUUUGAGGGGAAGCACAUGAUGGGCUCGUAGUGUCUAUAAAGUGCAGCAACAGCUGUGUCAACACACAAAGGCUUCUCAGCAAACAAACCAAGGUAAAAAUGUGUUUUUUCCAUUUUUACUAAUGAAUAAUUGAGAUAUAAAAUAGUCCCUCCUUGCCAUCCCUCUUAAAACUCUAACCGUUUUGGUAUCUUUGAUAUUAUAAAUACAACAUUUCUGUCAAGCUAAUAUACAUAGGAUGCUUUGCUGUUCUACUGGCUGUUCAUGUGUCUUCACACACAAAACACUUGCUGUAUACAGUAUUUCUUGAAAGUAGAAAUGUAAAUGCAUGUAACAUCUGUCCUGUUAAAGUGCUAAGUAACAGUGUCUAGACACACAGCUGGUCUGUCUGAUACACAGCAUUCAACGAAUGUGUUCCUGUAACACCCCGGUAUUACAGCUUUGUUCCUAUUUUAGCCCUCUGCACAGGUCUGCUCAGCAACAGUAUGUGUAGUGCAUGUGUGUGUGUUCGUGUACUGUUCAUGUAUGCGUUCAUGUGUUAACAAAGCUACUACAGUGACCUCUCUGCAAUGGCCUCCUGUACAGCGGAGACUUGUAAAGGGCACUAUACUGCAGGUAUACUCGACACUGAAUAAACCCAGGAGCUCAAUUUAGACAAGCUGAUGAUGGAUCCGAGGCUGUCUGCUGUGCGCACAUCUAUCCUGCUCACUCCAACAUCAGCUCCCCGCUGACUCACCUUCACAUUUCAUUCAGUUCAGAACACUCACAAACACAUGCAUGUCCACAUCCACCCACAUGUAGCCAGCAAUAAUCUGACUGACAAAGAAAAGCUAAGAAAACUACAUCUCUGUGAUGUGUAGAGCGCCUAUAUGCACAAAGAAUGAGCGUAGGUUCUAUAUGCCAAUCUCAAAAUGUACAGUGUUUUAUACAGGCAUUGCACCAAUAAAUACAUAUGAGCUUUAUUUUAUUCUGUCUUUUGGUGCCAGUGUUUAUGUCGUACCACUUUUUUAAGCAGCAGCUGGUGUCAUUGUCAAGGUACAGGAUGUAGAGUGGCCAAAACCUAGUGCUCAAUUCCCUGCAGUGGAUGUACUUCAGCUGUAGGAGGGGAACGGGAUACAGGCUGUUUUAUUUGUUUACAGUCACAACCAAAGUACUUUAAAGCCAGAAGGUAAGCCUUUAAAUGCACACGGACCUUAUGUAAGAUGCAGGUCUGUUAGGUUCUGCAUAUGUUUAUCUCAUAGAAACAUGAGACUAUUGAUUUGAUUUCUUAAAGUGACCAACUAAUUACAUAAAUCAUUCUCCAUAGGUUUUCAAAUGUAAUCCACAAAAUAAUAAAAUAGAUUUGUCUUUGAAAGAAGCCUUUCUGAAUGUUGCCAUGCCACUGUGUUUAAUAUAUUCCAAAAUGAGUUGUAUUCCUAGUGGUUU